GGCACUUUAUCGGCCGCCAAUCUCCAUUUUCGCGCUCCCGCUUGGCGGAGCAUCCUCCUCCUCCUCCUCCAUCUCUUAGCACUGCAAACUGAAAAGUAACAGCUAACAGCCGCGGUGCUUUUAUUUUGUUAUCUUUUAUAUUUAUAAUUAGCUUUUUUGUUAUUUUUUUUCUUAUAUGCAAGUGAGCGGCUUAUCCAUACAGAGCUAAAAAAAAACAAGGGAGAAAAUUGUUAGAUGGCUCUUCGUUUCGAGGUUCUAGGGAGAUUUAAUCGUGCUCGUGCAGCUCAACUAACACUCCCUCACUUUGUAUGCCAGACACCUCUGUUUAUGCCUGUGGGGACGCAAGGUACAAUAAAAGGUUUGACAACUAACCAGCUUGAGGAGAUUGGUUGUCAAAUAAUUCUUGGGAAUACUUAUCACCUGGCACUUCGUCCUACGUCUGAGCUUAUUGAUGAAUUGGGUGGUCUUCACAAAUUUAUGAAUUGGCCUAGAGCGAUGCUGACUGAUUCCGGAGGCUUUCAGAUGGUAUCACUGCUGCAUUUAGCUGACAUCACUGAAAAGGGUGUGACGUUUCAGUCUCCAGUUGAUGGAAAGCCAAUGCUCCUAACACCAGAGGAAUCUAUUGAAAUCCAAAAUAGAAUUGGAGCAGAUAUCAUAAUGGCUCUUGAUGAUGUGGUGAGAACUACUAUUACUGGUCCACGGAUUGAGGAGGCCAUGUAUCGUACCCUCCGUUGGAUAGACAGAUGCAUAGCUGCUCACAAAAGACCACAUGAGCAGAACUUGUUUGGUAUUGUACAAGGUGGUUUAGACCCAGUACUAAGGGAUAUAUGUGUUAGAAGGUUGGUGGAUCGAAAUUUACCAGGCUAUGCUAUUGGUGGUCUUGCAGGCGGUGAAGAUAAAGAUUCAUUUUGGCGUGUUGUUGCUCAGUGUACCGCAGCACUGCCUGAAGAUAAACCGCGAUAUGUCAUGGGUGUUGGGUAUCCACUGGAUAUCGUAGUUUGUAGUGCCUUAGGUGCUGACAUGUACGACUGUGUUUAUCCUACUCGAACUGCUCGUUUUGGCACGGCUCUUGUUCCUGAGGGAGUGCUGAAACUCAAGCACAGAGCGAUGGCUGAUGAUACUCGCCCUAUUGAUCCUACGUGUGCUUGUAUGGUAUGCAAGAACUAUACAAGGGCCUACAUCCAUUCUCUUGUUACAAAGGAUGCUAUGGGAUCUCAGCUUUUGUCAUAUCAUAAUUUAUAUUACAUGAUGCAGCUUAGCAGAAAUCUACACUCUUCCAUAGUCCGGGGGAGGUUUCCUGAGUUUGUAUGCAACUUUUUGCAGAAAAUGUUUCCUAAAGGAGAUGUCCCUGAAUGGGUCUGCAAUGCCAUGGAGGUUGCUGGAAUUGAUAUCUCCUCCUGCUGUGCUCCUUUUCCUUCGGCGCAAGAUUAGAGUUACAAUUAAAUACUAUAUAAGAUUGAAUUCAUGAGGUGGCCUUUUAUUUGUUUCUUCUUCUACGUUUGAGAUCAAAGAAAUCUAAUUUACAGGCAACAACUUAGAGCAGCAUAAAUUUUGUAGCCGAUAUGCUGCUGAUAGAAAUUUUCACCCUUCUGAAGAGAUUUUCUCUUCUCUGUUCUCUUUACCAUUUUACUUUUUCCUCCUUUUCAUCAAAUGACUUGCCAUACCAUCGCAGGUAAAUUUUGUUAACUGGCUACUGAAUAUAAUCUAUACUAUUUAUUUUUUUAGUGA